GGGAUGUUUUUGUUUUGAAGGGAAGCCAUGUUUUAUGUGUGUGAUGGGCGCCGCCAUCUUCUUCGCAGGGCAAGUAUGGCGGCCCCAAAAGAUGGCGGGCCGCGGCGGGGGCGGCGGGCGGCGGGCGGCGGGCCGAAGAUGGCGGCGGAGGCGCGGCGCCGCCCGCUAGGCCGCAAUGGCGUAGUUUCCCCGGGCGGGGCGGCCGCGCGGCGCGGGGCGGGGCGCGCGGGGCGGGGCGCGCUCGGGCCAACGGACGCCCCGCCGGCCCGUUGUCCGCGGCCCCCGCCCGCGUGUGCGUCCGCGAGGCGGCCGCCCUCGAGGCCCCGGGGCGCGGGCAGGGCGUUGGCGGGGCUGCGCGGCGUGGACCUCGCGCCGGGCGGGCCGCGCCUUUCCGUGGCCUGCCGCUGGGGGGCGUCCCUGGGGCCGCGCCGCCCCCCGCCCCUUCCCGGGAGCCUCAACUGCUCCCGGGAGGCGCCUUCCGAAGGGGGCGGAGGCGCCGGGCCUGCGCCGGCCGCGCUCGCCUCGGCGGGGCGGGACCUGGGCGGCGCGCAGCGCUCGCGUCGGGCUCGGCGCCCGCAGGGCCUGUCACCGCGCGGCGGCCGAGGUCCCUGCUCCUGCUGCCGCCGCGGCGCCGGGUCGGGAGGGUCGGCGGGGAUCGUAGCUGAGUGCGAGCCCCUAGGCUCGCGGAAGUUUGGUUUUCUUCAGUCCUGGGCGCUUUGCGCACGGGCCGGGUAGCUGCACAGCUAGGCACGCUUGCCACUACGUUGGGAAACUCGAGCGCUUCGCUGACGUUUCCUCUUGUGUUUGACCUGGUGGAAAGCUCCUUGUUUUCCCCGUGAAAAGAGGGUCCUCCAAAGCGUCUUUCUCCAAUUUUAGUACUGCUUUGAAUGAAGGCCAGAAAAAAACAGAGCAAAAGAGAUUUAUCUGCACAUGAAUGGAAUAAUGGAGGGGGUGUUGGUUAUUGAUGAGUUUGCUGAAUUCAAAGAUAUCAUUUGAAAUUGGAUGUUUAGGUAAAGAUACAUUUAUUACAUAAAGCUUAAGUUUACUCUUUUUCAUGAUAUGGUUGUGUUAUCUCCACUGUAGUUCAGAACAGUGGGAUAUUUUAUAUAUUCUGCACUUGAUUUUACCAAAUUGCUACCCCACUUUUCCAUACCAAGAAGACUUUGUGAUGAAGGCUUUACUUGAAUGUAUCAAAAUUAGGUUAAAAGUCAUUAUUUCCUCUGUGCAAGUGGUUGCUCAUAGGCUUGUGCAGUUUGGGGGUAUUUUAAGGUCCAUUUCUUUUUUCUUAUUUGGUUGCCCCUUGGCAUAUCGAGUUCCCAAGCCAGGGAUCAGCUCUGAGCCGCAGUUGGCGGCAAUAUCAGAUCCUUAACCCACUGCGCUGGCCUGGGGAUCAAACUUGCGUCCCAGCACUGCAGAGACACCGUCGAUGCCAUUGCACCACAGUGGGAACUCACUGUCCCUUUCUUUAAAGAGUUAGUUGUCUGGCAUGUUGCAGUACUCUGCACAAAGGUGGUUGUAAAUAUUUGAUGGCAAUAACGCAGUAAGGAUGUUUUCUCAGACAUGUUUUGUGGUAAACUAUUCCCUUUCCUUAUUCUUGUGGUUUGGACUGUUACCAAAGAGAAGCUAAAUGGUUCGUGAUUAACUGUCCAUGUCCCAAGUUCAAAUUCUACAUAUAGUUUCAUCUUCAGAACCGAAGUAAGGAGAUAAUUGAUAACAGGC